CAGCACUUUCCAGUGUCGAAAAGCUCUUGCUGCCAGAAAGUUUUCCCCAGUGUUUAGCUGGAAUCUCCUUUAUUGCAAGUUUAUUCCAUUGUUGGUCCUGCAACUCCAGUGGGGCACUCCGGCCGAGGAAUGGGGCUGCCCAGCUGCCUGAUGUUUUAUUUUCUUUUGAACCCAAGCUGGUCAGUAAAGGGCAGGUCUCUUAUCUGCUAGUAACAGUUUUGAUUUCAGGUUGCACAGGCCAAGGAAACGAGGUUUGCAGCUCCCGGUUAGUGGCACCUGCCAACCGCGGUUGCUUUCGCCUGUGGGGUGAAUAGUGUUUUGUUUUUGUUUUUUUUAACCAACCACCAAAACGGAAACAGUGAAACCCCCCAGGCGGCUGAUAAAUUAGGUAUACAAUAUUCAAUAAUAUACAUAUUCAAUAAUAACAUAUUCAAAUUAACCAUAUCUACACUUCUAUAUACCUUAACGCUCCUCCUUCCACAAGGUUUAUUUAACUUUUAACAUUUUAAUUGCCCCAAAUUGUUCAAACCUACUCAAAUAAUUCAAUAUCUUCUCAAACCAAUCCUCCUCUUUCUCACUGACCUUAAACCCUUUCAUUCUAUGUAUCUUCACAGUUAGGUAUUCUAAAAUUAUAAUAUUAUUCAGUUUUUUCCUCCAUUGGUGCACCCCUAAUUCUUCUACAUUUUUCCAAUUACUGGCUAUAACCUGUCUGGCUGCAAUUACCAUCAGUAUUACCCAUUUGCAUUCCUCUUUUGUUUUUAACUCGGUACUACUCAGGGAAAUAAGAACCAUUAAUUUAGUUAUUUCCAUGUUCCUUCCCACAAUUCCUGAUAUUUCUAUACCAAUCUGUUUCCAAAAUUCAUUAACUAACGGACAGUCCCACCACAUAUGACUGUACGUUCCCAUCACUCCACAUUUCCUCCAGCAAUUCUUACUUCCAGAUUUUGUAAUGUGAUACAGUAUAACCUUACCGGUGUAUAAUACCAUUUUUGUACCAGCUUCAGCCCCUGUUCCUGGAUUAUCCUAGAGGUCGCAACAAAGGGUGGUUGUGGAAAGAUUCUUUCCCAAUCUUCAUCUAAAAUCUGUUCCUGAGUAUCUAACCUCCAAUAUUCUUUCAAACUUUCCUUUGGUGAUUUCCCUGUGGGGUGAAUGGUGACCCCCUCACCCUGGUCCCCUGGUCAGCCCCUGGACGGGAGACCCACUGGGAAAUUCCCAUGUGCUUUGCCUUGGGGUUCCCUAUCGGAAAGGCGCUCUGUGAAUAAAUGCAAUAUUGUCAGGAGGCGGGUUAAUUUGGAUGUUGGGAAAACCCAUUUCUGGUAUGUGUGUGUCUUUGGAAGCUGGGAAGGGCAGAGAAAAGAAAAGAAAAACCUUUAUGCAGUACAUAGUUAAACCCUGGAACUCCCUGCCGCAGGGGAUUUAGGCAGAAUCGUGGGGGAUUUAGGAGAUUUAAACCUGGAGAUUUAGGCAGAUUCGUGGAGGGCCUUCAGAGGACAGCCUUGCCGUGCGCCAGAAGGCCAAGGAGAAACAAGCUGCCCCACCUCCCAGGCAGGGCCCCGACCCAGCGCUCGUGAGGCUGAGCACAGGCCUUAUCAGGGUGGAACACACAACGUAUCUCAAGGGGCAAACUUGCACUUUUGUAGGUGAAGCGGCUUGGGAGUCUGGCAGGGCUCAGAUCUGUGGCUGCAACGUUGGGGCAUAAUCCACUUCAUGACAACGGAUUAAAUUUGUGGGGUCCGGCUCCUCGUGGGCCCUGCCUCACCCAGUGCUAGCUGUGGGGUGUAUAUAUUUUUGUUUUGGAUCCCGGGCGCAGAAGGCAAGGCCCAGGUCUGGAAUUCCCAGAAAAGCCACCCUUGGGCCCAGGCAGCAACCCGGGUGAAGCAAUGGCUGAAGAAGAGCAGGUGAUCGAGAUGGCAGCUCUCGGCCGCCCGUUCCAGCUGGGGAUGCUCUACGACUGCCGAAGGGACAACCUCAUCCCAGGCAUCACUUUGUGGGAUCCAGGGGUGCUGAAGGAGAACAUUGAUGUGCGGCCACAGCCCAACACCGCAACGCAAGUCGUUGAAUACGACAUGAUCUUACACAAAACCCAUGCACUGAAUGUCUCAGGAUCGUUGAAGGCCAGUUUCUUGGCAGGGCUGGUCAAGGUGGACGGAUCAGCCAAAUUUCUCUUGGAUGCCCGGAAGUCCACACGCCAGGUCCGAAUAACCCUCCAGUACUCGGCCACCACACAUUUUGAGCAGCUGACCAUGCGCCAUAUGGGGCUGCAACAUAUCACUUACCCAGAGGUCUUCAGCGAAGGGCUGAGCACCCACGUGGUCGUUGGCAUCCUGUAUGGAGCCCACGCCUUCUUUGUGUUUGACCAAAUGUCUUCUUCCUCCGCGAGUGUCCGAGAUAUUCAAGCCAAACUCCACGUGAUGGUGGCCAAAGUUCCUCUGGUUUGCCAAGGAGAGGCAGAGACUAAGCUGAAAGGUGAGAAAGAGGCUGUGGCUGAAAAAUUCAGCUGUACCUUCCAUGGGGACAUUGCGCUAGAAAGCAACCCAACCAGCUACGAGGAAGCCUUGAAAGUCUAUUCCAGCCUCCCCAAAAUGCUGGGUGACCAAGGGGAGAAGGCAGUGCCUGUGAAGGUCUGGCUGUACCCACUGAACAGGCUGGAGUCCAAGGCUGCAAGACUCGUGCGUCAGGUCAGCUCUAAGCUGAUCUCUGACAUCGAGGAAACUCUGGAGCAGCUGGAGGAAGUUGACAGGAGGUGCAACGACCUCCUGGAGGAGCCAACUGCCACCGUCUUCCCAGAAAUCCAUAAGAAAAUCCUGCAGUUCCAAGAUCUGUGCUGGCAGUACAGGCGGGCUUUGCAGAAGCAGGUGGCAGGGCUCUUGCCUGCGAUUCGUGCCGGAGCAGCGCAAGAAGCUGCCUUGGGGGACACCGUGAGGAAGCACCAGCAGUCGGCGUUCAGAAGCCAGUGGCUCCACAAAUUCCUGGAUCUGAAAUUCCGAGAGAUCUAUUACGUCAACUUCUUCCUGGGCUUGUCAAAGGGGAAGGUAUCCUCCCAGGAUAACGUGGUGAAGAGGGUGCUCGAUCACAAAAUUGACAUCGUCCUUGCAUUUACGUUCACCUCAUUGCAAGCGAAGGAGCCCUACUUGGAGAAGUUAAAUGCAGCCUUGGAUCAAGUAUCCGAACUCAAGCCAGAGACUUCUGCAGGAGACAAGAGCUUUGCUCCGUGGUUUGAGGACGAAGACCUAUUAAAGAGAGUCCAGAAGGCAGCCAUGGUAUUUGCAGAAUACUCUCUGUUUUCUCAGCCUGGGGAGGCUCAGUUUGUGGUGACCUCGCAGGCCGAUAAGAGUGAUCCAGGUGCCGUGAUCAUCCGAUACCAAAGUGGGUCUCUGGAAGGAACCAAAUUAGACCUUCUCUCUAAACCUCGCCCUCUGCUGGCGGAUGCUGUCUCCUGGGACCGGUUCCAGCUGACAUUUAAGCCGGCAGAGUCUGAGAAAGGGGUGAUCUCGGGAUAUUAUGUCCAGCACAGAGUUCUGGGGGAGGAAAAAUGGAUGUUUGCACAUGUAAAAGGCAGUCAGGAAAAGUUUUGGGUCACAAGACUGGAGCCAGAAACAAAAUAUGAAUUUAGAUAUGCUGCAGAGACCAAAACAGGCCUCAGUCCAUUCAGUGAUGUGAGCAGAGUGGUGACCACCUGCCAUUCAAGCCCCCCAGGGAAACCAGCCCUGAGGCCUAGAAGUUCCUGCUUCAGCAGCCAGCUCCAGGUCACGUGGGGCAGCCCCAGCUUCGUUGCAGCCGGCAUCGUGAUAAAAGAGUACAAGGUGCAGCUCAGGAGAAGAGCAGACGGCACAUGGAAAGAGCAGAGAACAGGAGAGAAAGUUGAGAGCUGUUUGCUCCCCAAACGUUCUCUGAAGAAGGUGGCCGCUGUUCGGGUCAUUGCAGUUUACGGAGACGGGUUUGAGAGCAAGCCCAGUGAGGAACUGGUCCAAGGGGAGUUUUAGAUGGGACCCAUCUUUGGGUAGGAGAUCCCCCUUGUGCUGCCUUCCUCCAGUGCAUGCCAUCCUUCCCUGAUGUAGUAGGAAAGUUACGCUGUUAUAUGCAUUGAUGGAUAGCCCAAGAUGUCAAGGCAGUCAAAGUGGUGGAAGGUGGUGGACUCUCCGUCCUUGGAGGUCUCCAAGCUGAGGCUGGGUGGCCACCUGACCAGGAUGCUUCAGUUGAGAUUCUGCUCUCUAUAGUAUAGUGUAUUUUAAAAUGGGGUUUUAGGGUUUUUAGGGGUUUUAGAAUGUUUU